AUAAUAUCAAUCGGCAAUUAUUCAGACGUCCUUAUAAACUCCCAGGUUAAGUAGUUAUCUAAAUUAAAAACAUACCUAUGUAUUUGCAUAGUUACAUAGGUAUAUUAGACCUUAGCUUCCAUACAUAUUAAACACGUAUGUAUACCUACCUAUCCACAAUCUUAUACUCGCAUUAGGCAUAUACGUACAUAACAUAACGCCUUGCAUGAUGUCAAUCCUCAACCCCGCUACUAAGAUUCUACCCCUCUUCUCCGUCCUAUCGACAGGUCACAUCUUGAUAGCUUUGUCUGUCCCAUCUCUAUGGGGAGACCCAUAAUACUGAAGCAAACAAAUAUAUAAUACCAGUCUUAUUAUUUCAACUUAUAUUUAAACCCAUGGCUGGGAAAGGAGGAGACGACGGUAGCAAGAAGGCCGCCGGCCAAGCCAGAAAGGCUCAGACCGCUGCCAACAAGGCUGCCGCAGAGAAGGCGAAGAAGGCGGCGGAAGAGGCCGCCGAUUGGGAUAGGGGUGCUAAAAAUAAUGCCAAGAAAGAAGCGCAGGAAGCAAAGGAGGCAGAGCAAGCCCGGAAAAAGGCCGAAAAGAAAGCUCUUGCUGCCGAAGAGGAAAAGAGUCUACCAACUCGCCCUGGACCCAAGAAUUCUAAGACGGCUGUUAAAAAAACAAAUCAAGGUCACAUCAUGUUUCAGGCUGGUCUUGAAGAAAAUAACAACAAAGGCGUCCCGACACGAGGAGGGUCUGGAAUUAAUGCCGCACUAAGGGAAACGGAGUGGGUUGAAGAGAGGACUAAUGCUGCAAAGGCAGAUAGAAAUCCCAGUAGAAGGGUCAAGGCUGCAUUUGAGGCUUUCAAGGAAAAGCGCGAGAGAGAGAUGAAGGACGAAGGAACUCAACUGAACUUCAGUCAGAGGAAGGAAAAAAUCAAAAAUGAAUUUGAGAAAAGCGAAGAAAACCCACGCAACAACACUACGAAUGUUCGUUAUAAUGCGACAAAGGAAGAGAUCGCUGCAUUAAAGCAAAAUGAAUUGGACCGAAUCGAAGGCCGGUACGACGACUCUGAAUAGGGAGUAAGUUCUGCAUGGGUUGAAAGGAGCAAGAAAUUAAGGUAUAUAUAGGACAUGAGGGUCGGUUUUGUAAUUGGCCAUCUCAUCUUUCUGAUGAGAAAGAUGAGUUU